AUGGAACUGCACUCAUCGGCGGUUGCUAGUGUUAAACUGCCAGCCACAAACCCGGCUCAGUGCCCUGAUGUUGCUCAGAACAACCACCCUGAGCACCCCCCCUCAUCACAACAAGCACCCCCAAAUGGGAACUCAAAAGACUCACAUUCUGCACUAGACUCUCCACCUAAACCUUAUGUGAAGAUCGCGCACCCCUCAAUCGCCCUUUACAUUGCACCUCACCUCAGAGAUCCGGCCCUGAAGGCACUUCGCCCCCCUCAGCGGUAUUGUACCAGUCGUCCCUAUCGCCCUAUCCCCGCCCGAAGUGAAGCCAAACAAACACAGGUUUCUUCUGAGGUUCAGCCCACCUUCUUCAAAUCCCACCUGGUCACUCCUCCUCCAAACCCCUCCCAGCUGAGAAAGGAGUUCAUACAAACUCCAGUUCAGUCUCAGCCUCCACAACCGCCCGUUGAAUCCAAGGCGAAUAUAGACCUGCCCGGCAAGUGA